AUGGCAGCAGCCCCGGGAGGCGGAGGCCAUCACCCUUUCCAAGGGCAACAGUCCUUCGUAGACGACCAAUUCGACCUCUUCGACUGGCACCCCUACUUCCUCUCCUGCGUCCGCUACUUCGUCGACCACGCCCAGUACAACGGCCCCGUCCAGGCCCUCGCCGCCUUCAUCAACAUCCAAUUACCCUUCCAGCGCGCCCAAACCCAACCCACCGUCCCCCUCCGCGGCCCGCCCAACCCCAGCGGCGCAGCCAGCCAAUCCCACCACCACCACCAGCAACCAGUCUCACUCCAGCCCUACCUCCGCCGGCUCGUGGCCACGGGGUUUGACAUACCCCCCGUGCUGCACGGCUUCUUUGGCGACGACUGGAAGUUGGGCCUGGCUCCGCUGCAUGAGCAGGAGCGGCGGAAUUUUUUGUUUGCGGCUAAGAGUGCGUCGUGGUUGGAGGUCAAGCGCGCGUAUGAUAUGGGCCCGGACGAGGCGCUGCCGUUUUUGAAACCGUUGCGGAAUGUGACCGAGGCGGAGAUUGUUAAUGCCGAGGCGGGGUGGAGUGAGUGGUUGGCGAUGCAGGAUUGGUGA